AUGGAAGGUUCAACAACCGAGCAUGCUAAUCAUACUGGUGGUUCCGAAGGUUGUGACAUGCAAAUUUCCCCAGGAAAUACAAAAUAUUGGACUCCGGUCUGCAAUCCUUCAAUUAAGCCGUCGGUUGGACAGUGGUUCCUAAAUUUGGACAAUGCUAUUGAGUUCUAUGCAAAAUAUGCAGGAAAAGUUGGGUUUGAUAUACGUCGAAGCUCGGAAAAAAAGGACAGGCAGGGUAAGAUUUUGAUGAAGUACGUGUUGUGUUCCCACGAGGGGUUUAAGCAACCAACUAUUUUAAGUAUUGGGGUGGAUGGAUCGCGUGGUGAAACCGGGACAGAUGUUAUUAGGCGUAGGACAUCGAAUAGGGUGGGGUGUAAUGCACGGAUUGUGUUUAAGCGGGUAGGAAGUGGGGGGUUUGUCGUGUUUUCGUUAGAAGAGCGGCAUAAUCAUUGUAUGUGUUCGGAGGUGUCAAAAACGUUUUUGAGAGUGAAGCGGAAGUUGGACCUUGGCCAUCAGACUUUCAUUACCAAUUGUGCCAAGGCAAAUAUUGGGCCGAUUAAAUCUUUUAAACUGUAUAAAGAAAUGGUGGGUGAUUAUUCAAAAAUAGGGGCAACGAGUGUUGAUUUUUGUAAUUUCAGACGUGAUUUGUUGGCUUAUAUUGAGACGGGAGAUGCGCAUCUAAUACUUGCCAAGUAUCGACAAAAAAAAGAGGUGUGCCCGAAGAUGUACUUCGAGUACGAUGUAGAUGAGUAUGACCAUUUAUGUCGGGUGUUUUGGGCGGAUCCAGAGGCUAGAAGGAACUUUGCACGAUUUGGAGAUGCAAUGUCGUUUGAUGCUACAUACAGUACGAACAGGUAUAGCCUGGUUUUUGUCCCUUUCACUGGGGUGGACCAUCACAAGAAAUGCAUUACAUUCGCUAUAGGGUUAAUAUCUAAGGAAGAUGUAAAAUCAUAUGUCUGGCUGCUUGAGAAUUUCAAGAAAUGCAUGGGGCAUGUGCCGCAGUUGACAGUGACCGAUCAAGAUCCUGCCAUGAAGAGUGCCGUUGCACAGGUGUUUGAAUCAACUCGCCAUCGUUUCUGCAUGUGGCAUAUCAUGACCAAGGUUAGCGAGAAGGUAGGGUCAACAUUGGCAAAGAACGAAGAGUUUCGUAGGGCAUUGAAUGCUGUUGUGUGGAAUGAGAAACUUAAAAUUGAAGAGUUUGAGGUUAGGUGGCAUCAUAUUAUGGAGGACUAUGGGCUCAGUGAACACAAAUGGUUCAAGCAAAUGUUUGAGGUGCGUGAAUUUUGGAUUCCUGCAUAUUUCCACAACGUCUACAUGGGAGGGUUAUUACGAACUACAUCACGGUCAGAAGCAGAGAAUAGUGUAUUCGGGAGUUACACUAGCCAACACGCUAGCUUAGUGGAGUUUUUCUUGCAAUUCGAGGCGGCAAUAGAUACCCAACGGCAUAAACAAGCGAAGCUUAAUGCAGAUUGUGAAAGCAAGUUUCCAGAGAUGAAAACCCCGUUGAAGAUCGAGCGGCAUACCGCGACUAUUUACACCAUAGCUAUUUUCUAUGAUGUGCAAGAGGAGAUUUAUGCGGGGUGUGUCACGUCUCGAAUCAUAUCUAAGAUGGCUGAGGGGGGGUGUGUCACGUCUCGAAUCAUAUCUAAGAUGGCUGAGGGCGAUUCUAUACACUUCGUGGUUGAAGAUGGUGAUGGGGGAUUAUUUGAUGUGUACGCGAAGAAUGUUGACCUGUCAUUUGAUUGCACAUGUCGAAUGUUUCAAAGGGUUGGGUUGUUGUGCAGGCGCACAUGUCGAAUGUUUCAAAGGGUUGGGUUGUUGUGCAGGCAUGUGUUUGUCUUAUUAAAGGAUUCCCGGUUGUUGUGCAGGCAUGUGUUUGUCUUAUUAAAGGAUUCCCACGUAGACAUCAUUCCGUCUCAAUAUAUUGUUGCAAGAUGGACUCGAGCCUAUGAUGGCGAGGUGUGUAGGGGAGACAACAUAAGUGUUGUUACGGAUCCAAAUUCUGCACUCACCCAAGUUUGGAAUGAGUUCUACAAUUGUGUUGGCCGUGCAUGUGGAAAUACCGACCGCCUGGUGGAGUUGGCAACAUUAUUGAAAGCUCAUAGUGAGAUAUCCACCAAUAGCAACAAUGCUGUUACCCCAAGUACUGCUAAGGUAAGUGUUAUCCAUUCAUUUUGUGGCUCGCCAAAGUCAUCAGAUGUUGUUGUCCAGCCACCUAACAUUGCUAAGAAUAAAGGGUCUGGGAAGCGAUUGAAAUCGAUAAGAGAGAAGGUUGCCGAGAAAGCAACUAAGGCUAAACGGUUGUGUAGGACUUGUAAGCAAUUUGCACACCAUGAUAGUCGUAAUUGUCCCGAGGCGUAG